CGAAGCUUUAUCUCUAUCCUCACCAUACCACUACGUGCAACCCCCAGCUUACGAGCAGGUUUCUUCAUUUAAAGCUAGAGACCAUGGUAGUUUCACACCCUACUCCUCCUGUUACACGCAAAAAGGUUCGCAAGGGCCUUACGGGGGCGAAGCCCACGCCCGGGGCCAAACCAGCGACAGAGUCAAGUCACGUUGACGAGGACAUGUCCAGGGAUCCCCUCGCUCAACAACUAGCUGCUAGCGUCGACGACGAUAUGGGUGGAAUAUCCGGUCCCCAUGCUUCGACGGCACCAUCAUUCCCGUCCCUCCCUCCCUCCGCUAUAUCUUCGCAAUCACUUAAAUCAGAGACACGGAGAAUUCCCAUACCACCCCACCGUAUGACUCCAAUAAAAAGGGACUGGGUUAAUAUAUUCUCCCCGCUCACGGAAAUUCUCGGACUGCAAGUUCGUAUGAACGUACAACGAAGAUGUGUAGAAAUACGAACCUCAAAACAAACCAAAGAUAUUGGGGCGCUACAGAAGGGCGCUGAUUUUAUCAAGGCAUAUGCACUGGGUUUCGAUGUCAAUGACGCUAUCGCCCUCCUUCGACUCGACGAUCUCUUUAUUGACUCUUUCGAGAUAAACGAUGUGAAGACACUCCACGGUGACCAUUUAUCUCGUGCAAUUGGACGGAUAGCAGGCCAAGAUGGAAAGACAAAAUUUACAAUCGAAAAUGCUAGUCGUACGAGAAUUGUGCUGGCUGACACGAAAAUUCAUAUAAUGGGUUCUUUCCAAAAUAUCAAAAUCGCCAGAGACGCUAUUGUCUCUCUGAUUCUGGGUACACCGCCUGGAAAAGUGUACGCCGGGCUGAGAACCGUCUGCAGUCGGUUGAAACAGCGGGCUCUGUAACACCAGACAUUCCCCCAUGAUGCUGAUUCUACUCCUACUGUGACGUCUUGUGAUCUCAAGUUUCAAUAUUGACGUGUUAGAGCUGGUACCAUCUCUGCUGAUGUGCAAAUACCUGGUUGGAAUUCUUGACGAUGAGGAAGGUGCAGGAUAUCAAGUCGGUACAGGUAAUUCAGUGCCGUGGUGACUUCUGCCGCAUAGAAUUUGGAAACGGGUUCAGGGAACCCCUAUGGGCAGAGGUUCAUGAGGGAAUACAGGAAGACUACAAAUACGCACCACCUCCGGGUACGAAAUCCAUGAUCAUGUACAAAUUCGGCGAACCUGUAAGAUGCCUUGGGCUGAGGUGACACCCACCAGAGGGAUGGCGG